AUGUCGUCGUCGUGGUCCACCCGAGGCGGCGAGCCCCCUGGCGGCGGCGGUGGUGGCAGCCAUGCCCAUGGCCCGCGCCCCGUCCAUGAGCCGGAGCGGAGCCACCUCGACGCUCGCCAGACGGAGGAAUCGCCGACUCGGAGCGGGCGCGCCCACGACCACGACCAGCUCCGCGUCCGCGAGCAGCAGCCUCGGCGGACGUACAACUUCAGGAGGAGGCACCGGUCGGACGCGCUGCAGUGGGCGACGGCGGUGCUGUGCACGGUGCUGGCGGUGGUGGUGCUGGUGGGCGCCGUGUCGAUCCUGGUGGUGGUGCUACUGCUGCAGCCCCGGGCGCCGUACGUGGCGGUGCCGGCGGCGACGGCGAGGCUGGACACGCUGGUGUACGACCAGCUCGGCGCGCUGGACGACGUGCAGCUCUCGCUCCGCGUGGAGGCCCGCAACGGCAACGCCCACUCCGCGGCGACCUUCUCGCGGCUCGAGUGCCGCCUCGCGUUCGACGGCGCCGCGCUCGCGGUGCUCCGCGCCGACACGUUCCGCGUCCCGGCCAGGGGCGCCCUGCCGCUGGCGUACGUGGCGCGCGCGCAGGGCGCGCCGCUGGGCACCGCCGACAGCGCCGCCAUGGAGGCCGCACUCCGCGACGGCGUCGUGCCGUUCGAGGUGGAAGGGGAGGCCAGGACGCGUUGGAAGGUCGCCGGGGUCGUCACCAUCAACCAGUGGACGCGCCUUGCGUGCCAGAUGCGCUUCUUCUGGCCUAACGGCACCGCGCUCCCGUUCAAAUGCAACUCAAAAUCCAAGUUCUUGUUCUUCUGA